AGGACAUCUAUAUGCUCCGACGCUUCUACACAAGCACGCAACAUUCACGACUUUUCCUUGAGCCCUUUCAAUUCAGAGUCCCAACACAGACAAGAUGCACUUCUCGAACCUCAUCCUCGCGUCGGCAAUGACCCUCGCUCCCGCCGUGUACUGUUAUGGCGUCGCAACCGUCGAAAUCGCCUACCAUGAAGCUUGCGGCAACAGUGAUGUCCCGACCAACAACGUUGACACUCCCGAGUCCACCGUCGUCACCAAGGACACCUGCACGCAGCUCCCGGCCAAGCACUCCUUUGACAUUGACGCGUACUCCUUCGACGUCACGCCCAUCACCAAGGAUACCACCUACACUUGCCACGCUGUCGGCGUCUACACCAACGAUGAGUGCGUCGGUAUUCCGUUGACCGUUGUUCCCCUCUGGCCUGGCCAGAAUGAUGCUAAGAGCGGCUGUGUCCGGGAUGGAUACUUUGACAAGUCUGUCUCUGUGCGAUUGAUCUGUGAGGAUGAACAUGAUCAUGACGAUGAUCACGAUGAACACCACGACGACGACCACGAUGAGGGCGCGGAGAACCGCCAGCAGCAGGUUGCUCAACAGCCCAAGGGCAAGGGCGGGUUCCUGUCGGGUGUUGGUCUGUAAGCUCUGCUAAGUAUCAGCUGGGCUUUGAUAUCAUGUACCACAAAUAAUUCGAUAAUAAUUAAUCCAUCAGUCUCGU